CUUGCCAGCUUUCCGGCGACUGCCAAGCUGGUAAGAUACACGACUAACACUGCGUAAUAGUUGUGAACCAGGUGCGGUUUAAUUCUUUUCCAGACCUCGGCUUCCGUUGACCGUUAUUCUUACUGCUUCAAACUUCAAGCUGUGGCUGCCUCAAUUGCUUUGCAGUAUUUGGAACCUCUUACAUCUUCUUCUACAGCUAAUCAAGUACAAUGGCGCAACAGUCCCAUACAGCAAAUGCUGUCUCAGAACCGUUGAUGCUGAAGCUUCCCCAUCCGUACCUCACAGCCUAUACUGUCAAGAACGUGGCACAGCAAGGCCAGGCUGUCAGCAACCAGGUCUCGCUCUCCAGGGCCGAUAGCAGCAGUGAGGGCAUCCCUCCGCCCAGUCACCUGGACAACGCUUCACUCUCAUUCAGCGAUAUUGCAUUCCUGCCUCAGGAUUCAGUACCUCCAAAGGGGGACAACAGCUCCUGGGCAAGAGCACGCAGAUCACCUUACCUAACGGUCUCUUGGACUGGGGAGCGACCUAGUGUUCCACAGCUGUGGCUCAUCGCUUAUGCGUUAGUCUCACUGCAUCCUCUACUCGAGAACCUUCGCGUGCUCUUUGCUGGCAGAGAUUCGCAAUCACUAGCUCAGGAACUCUACUCUACUGGCUUGUUCCACCCUCAUCCAAAGCCUUCUGAUGCAUCUUCACCACAAGAUGGACAUCUUCUCCUGCGAGGUGCCUUCUGGCAGGGUGCUGCGUCUCCGUUCGGCCCUCGUCCUGUCUGGGCACCACGAUUAGAUGCAUCAGGAAAGCCAAGGGACCAACUGUACCCGGCUUUCCCUCAUCAGACAGCACCAUCUACACAGUUCCCGGCCCUACCGCGGCACACUAUGCAUCCUGUAAGAGAACCGAAACCAGAACCAGGCUCGGUCAUCUACAGUCGUUGGAUACCUCAUCUCAAGGAGCACUUCACUAUGAUUGCGCUCGACUACACCAACCCCGAGCACCUAAGUCUGUUCAACAAGUGGCAAAAUGACCCACGUGUUGCCGCUGGCUGGAACGAGACCGGGACUUUGGAUCAGCAUCGCGAGUAUUUACGGAAGCUGCAUGAAGAUCCCCACGUUCUUACCAUGUUCGCGGCAUUUGACGACGUACUCUUUGCCUACUUCGAGGUCUACUGGGCAAUGGAAGAUCAUAUGGGUGCUCACUACCGGUCGGAACUCUACGAUCGUGGUAGGCACUCACUUGUUGGUGACAUUCGUUUCAGAGGCCCAUACCGAGUCUCCGCAUGGUGGUCUGGACUCAUGCACUACAUGUUCCUGGACGAGCCACGUACCUGGAACCUUGUUGGUGAGCCAGCGGCUACUAGCAGUACUGUACUGGCGUAUGACUUUGCUCACGGUUUCCACGUUGAGAAGCUCAUGGACCUGCCACACAAGCGCAGUGCGCUCAUGAUGGUAAACAGAGAGAAGUUCUUCACAUUGAGCCCGUUCAUAUGGGACGGUGAGAAAAAGGUUCGACCGAGUCUGGAUGCUUUGGCUAAGUUGUAAAGUGCAUUUUUUUGUCUAAGAUUGGACGUUCGUGGCACUUCAGCGUUGAACACAUAGCACAUCCCUAAUUCUACAAGUUCACACCUUCAGACGAGUCAAGUCGCUACAAACGUGUUACCGG